CGGUCAGCCUGGGAAACACAACCACCCGCAACGACCCUGGUGUGUUCCUGUCCUGUCUUAGAUCCUUUUGGAUUCUUAGCCUUGGGGGCUGGGCAUGACAUGGAAAACCGCAACACCUUCCUCCACCAAUCACGACUUUCACCAGAGCUCGUGAUGGUAACGCAACACCUUUCUUGGCAUCAUCACCAUCACCAUCACCAUCGCAGAGCCGCGAAAUGCGCUCAUUUAUCAUUAUAUUCCCGCGACGUAAUGCGCUAGCUUUAUUGCCUCUAGCUUCUGCUCCCACCUUCGACUACUCACGAGUCCCGAGACCGAAUCCCGAACCUGCCGAACAGAACGACACGGCCACUCCUCUCAGCAUUCCCCAACCGAGAAACCAGCAUUGACGUCGAGAAGUGUAGUGGUCGAGGUCGGUGCCGUUCCGUCAUCUUACCAUUCGGCCUGAUCGCUUCCCGUCCGUCCCGAUGCAUGGCUCCGUUCCCUCCCACCGCACCCGUCCCAUCUUUGACGAUGGCCCCGGCACGUCGGCCUCCUGGCGCCCGAGGGCCUUCCACGUCUACCGCCGCCAGCUCCAGCGUCAUCUCCCCCUCGCCGCCCUCACCACCGGCGUCCUCACCUUCCUCAUGAUCCUAUACCUCCUCUUCUUCGCCCGCCAUACCGAGGAGAACCCCCCUCCGCUGACCCCUCCACCCCCCUACGACGACGGCCCCGGCCGGCCCGAGUUCUACCCCUGGGACACCACGAGCCUGUUCCACCCGGUCAGGAUGUACGCCAAGGGCAAGACCGCCGACGACCUCUGCCCCUCGUUCCCGCACCACCUACUACAGCAGUCGAUCCAGCCCGUCCUCAAGAUCGGCCACGCCGACGUCGGCAAACCCCCCCUGGAAGCCCAGCUCGCCAGCGCCUCCGCCUGCCUGGAGGACCUCCUCAUCUUCUCCGACCUCGACGAGCACGACUUCCCGGGGAACCGCUCCGCCUACGACGUCCUCGCCGACCUGCCCGCCGCGUACGCCCGCCACGCCGACUUCGGCAACUACACCUACAUGCGCCAGCUGCGCGACGCCGGCACCCUCGACGUCGACGACGCCGCCACCGCCGCCAUCCGCGGCUGGGCCAUCGACAAGUACAAGUUCCUCCCCAUGGUCGAGCGCGCCUGGGCCAUGCGCCCGCACCGCGACUGGUACGUCUUCUACGAGACCGACACCUACGUCUCGUGGGACAACACGUUCCGCUUCCUCGCCAACCUGGACCCGGACGCACCGCUCUACAUCGGCAGCCCCAGCCCCGGCCGCACCGUGCCGGAUACCGACCACGUCACCUGGUUCGCCAACGGGGGGCCCGGCUUCGUCCUCAGCCGGGGCGCGAUGCGACGCUUCCUCGCCCGCAAGGUCGGCGAGCAGGGGGAUUUCCUGGAGGCUCCGCAGAGUCAUCGCUGGCCUGACCUGCUUGAUAUUGACUGCUGCGGCGACUCCGUCCUCGGCUGGGCCCUUUGGACCGCGGGGGUGCCUCUUGUCGGAUUUUGGCCCUUGUUCAACCCGGACCCGCUCCACGCCGUGGGCUUUGACGAGGACCACUGGUGCCAGCCCGUGCUGACGCUGCAUAAAACGAAGCCGGAAGACAUGAUGGAGUUGUGGCGGUGGGAGCAUAUCAACCGGCAGCAGCAUAAACCUCUUCUCUACCGCGACCUGUACCAGUUCUACCACCCCGGCCAAAUCGAGACACGCGCCGACUGGGACAACAGCGACCCCAAAGCAUGGGAAGCCCCCGAAACGGUGGACUCGUUCGAAGCAUGCGGCGUGGCGUGCGGCCAGAACCCGGAAUGCUUCCAGUGGAACUGGCACGGGGGCAAGUGCCGACUCAUACGCUCCAUCCGGCACGGUUUCCCUCGGGCCGCUGACAGACCCGACGAAAACGGCCAGGGGGGCGGCGCGUAUAUGAGCGGAUGGGCGAGCGAGAGGAUUGCUGCCUGGCGCUCGGCGAGGACGUGUGAUGUGGUUGGGUGGGUGAGGCCCAGCAUUACGAGGAUAUUCUAGAUUUUACGACUCUUGGGCUGGAUUCCUCCCUGCCUUACUAUUUUUGCAUGUAUGGAUAGCAUGGGACGCAUGUUGGACAGAUGCUUGGGAUAAGAGCGUGGGAUUUACAUGUAUAUAUAUGUCCAUAUAUGGCGUCUGAUGAUACUAUUUUUUGAAGUUUUAUGUCUAUGAAUAAUAAUAAAAACGAAAGGCGC